CAGAGAUGGGGCUCGUCGGGGCCACCUCAGCUACAGCAACACUCCUUCCAGCUGCAGCGUUCUCGGAAAUACACACAAGCACUCAAACCGGGGGAAACGAUCCGAAUUAAGGCUCUUUAUUCCGAGAUACUCCUCCAUCAGCAACUGGUUAGGAAAAAAGGAGUGGAAAAAAAAGAAAAGAAGCGAAAAAGCCAUCAAGACGGAGACGAGGAGAGGAGAGGGAGCGACAAGAAGACAAACACACAGCCGAAUGUGAUGGAUUAUUUUGGGGGAAAAGAGUCUGGAGUGAGGCGUGAAGAUGACGAACAGACCGAGCGGACCCGCUGUGGGAUUUAUGUGUAGGUGAAACGAGAAAAAUGAUUGAAGAAACACACCCAAACGAUGACAGUUACAUUGUGCGCGUCAAAGCGGUGGUCAUGACCCGAGAUGACUCCAGUGGUGGAUGGCUGGCACAGGAAGGUGGGGGGCUCAGCAGGGUGGGCGUCUGUAAGGUGAUGCCUGCUGAGCUGACCGGCCGCAGCGACUUCCUCAUCCACGGCGAGCGGCUCAAAGACAAGCAGGUGAUUUUGGAAUGUUUCGUGAGGAAAGACCUGAUCUACACCAAGGCCACGCCCACAUUUCACCACUGGAAGGUCGACAACAAAAAAUGCGGCCUGACGUUCCAGAGCCCCGCCGAUGCUCGUGCCUUUGACAGAGGAGUGCGGAAAGCCUUGGAGGACUUAACAGAGGGUUCCACAACUUCCUCUUCAACACUCCAAAAUGAGGCUGAACUUGGGGAUGAUGAUGUGUUCACAACUGCCACCGACAGCUCCUCAAACUCAUCUCAGAAGAAGGAUCACAGCACUCAGCUUGUGGCCACCUCCACCUUCUACGAGCCUCAUCCGCACCGCUGCAUCCUGCAGUACCGGCCGCCUGAACGCUACACUCUGGAUCAGAAGUUCUCUAGGAACCUGUUCUCCUUCGAGGACGAGGAGAUUGUCCGAAUAAACCCCCGCGAGCGCUGGAUGAUCACAGGCUAUGAGGACUACCGAUACGCUGCCGUGCCGGACAAGUUCAUCCAACCGCAGGACUCAGACUCAUAUGUUCAAAUCAGCAAGAACGAUCCUGUAAAGCACGACUACACCUACCCCUAUGUGCCCAGCCCCGAUUUUACUCAGUGUGACCUGAAGAGGCCCUGCGGUGGUGGGAGCACUGUAGUGUCCACCCAGCCAAGGGCCUUCAUCCUUAAAGGCAAGCGGAGGAAAGAGGACGGUGAGCGAUCGCGCUGCGUCUACUGCCGGGACAUGUUCAAUCACGAGGAGAACCAACGCGGGCAGUGCCAUGACGCUCCCGAUCCCAUCCGGACCUGCAUCCACCGGGUCAGCUUCAUGUGGUGCGCCGACAGCAUGCUUUACCACUGCAUGUCCGACCCAGAGGGCGACUACUCGGACCCAUGCUCCUGCGACACCAGCGAGGAGCGCUUCUGCCUUCGCUGGACGGCUCUGCUGGGUCUGGCCAUGCUUGCGCCCUGUCUGUGCUGCUACCCGCCGCUGCACGGGUGCCACCGCUGCGGGGUGGCCUGUGGCUGCUGCGGGGGAAAGCACAAAGCUGUGGGAUGAAGCCCAAAAUGACUCUAAACAUGCCCCGCGUACGCCAGCACUGAGGAGCGCAGGAGUGGACCAAACCCAGAGCGACCACCCCGUUGUUGGAGCUUUCACUAGCUAUGUUUCCAUCCACUUAUUGUUAUGCGCAUCUUGGAUUAUCGCAUGGAUAACGUUUCGAAACGUUUGUAAAAAAACGUACAAACACAAAUGAGUAGGAUAAACUAUGAUGGAAACACUUUUACCGAAUAAAUGGACCCUUUUCAUAUUCCCGGGUUUCUCAGUAGCGGAAGUUGUCAUAGUUUAUACUGGUUUAUACUUCUGCAUUGAGUGAUCGGCAUGACCCACGGCGCAUUCCUUGCGCGAUGCCAUGCAUGUAUACUUCUGCGUGCUGCUUGUGUUGCUCUGCAGUAACACUUCUGAAACGCUAGCGCUAGGUUUUUAUGUUCCGCUGUGUCGAGUUUCUUCGCUGGUGUUCUGUUUUUUCUGAACGCUACCUUAAUGUACAAGCAGCUUAAAUUCGCCCAUUUUGAGGCAGGAACUGGCGGACGUGCAACAACUUUAAUCAUAAGGUAAACACAAAACAAAACUUUCCAUCAGGAGCUCCUUCACAGGACUCAACACUAUUAAACACUCGCUCCAAUGGGUUUGCGUGGCUCUCGGCCCCGCCCACACUCGUCAACACUACCACGUACAGCAAUCACAGAGCUUGCGCUAAUCGUCGUUGUGACGUGUAGUUACACUCUUUUGAGUGGUGUGCGUCGGCGAUGGCCACGGCGAGGGCUAUGCGAACAUGCGAUGGCUGCACCGGAGCAUACCCGUGUGCUUGAUGCAGAAGUAUAAAUCUGCCUUUAGAAUGCAGUGAAUGGUAGAGUUCAACAAAUAUUUUUUUACAAUCCUAUUUUCUGAAAUAAUAAAAGAAAAGCUCCACGAUGGCGUUAUCAAGAUGCUGCAUUAGAAACACCCCGCGUAAGCGGUAAUUCGUUUUUUGUAAUUGGACGCAAAGACGAUGUAAUACAUACGUGAACAUAUAUAAAUGUUUAUAUCUUAAAAGUUCUGACCCGUUAAACGCGUCUUGUGAAAAGGAUGCCUUUCAGUAUUAAAAAAAAUUGUGCGCUAUGCGUGUAAAAAAUGUGUGUGUGACGCAAUAAUGGACAAACCUGCGACCGAAAACAUUGUAAAACAUCGGAAAUGUUGUUUUGGUCAUUCUGAAAUGCCCUAAAUGCCAUUUCAGUAUCAUCAUCAUUAUUAUUUUUGUUAUUAUUAUUAUUAUUAUUAUUGUUAUUAUUAUUGUUAAAUUAUUAAUUAACUCCAGAAAUGUCUUGAGCAUCUGUGUUUCGUGUCUCACGCCUCGAAAUGCCACCACAUGUCUAUUGUGUGUUGACAUUGUCUUUUGAGGCACAAGUAAUUUAUUAAAUUAAGUUCAUUUAAAUUAAA